CAAAAAGGUCCGUGUCAGGAAAGCUGUGCCAGACUUCAUAUUUGGAGGUAGAAGGAGGAACAUUUAAAAAUUAAUAAUCCUGCUUUUACCGGGGUUUGAUUUUCCCACCUGGAAAGUAGGCAAGCUGCAGGCAGCGGUGGCAGUCCCAUACCGCCAGAGCCGCAGGAAUCCACCCGUGUUCCCUGGAAUUUGGGCAUUUUUUGUUGCACCCUUUUGGGCUCGGUUCCAGCCCGUCACUCAGCGCGGGGCCCGCCCCUUCCAGAGGAUAUUUAGAGAGAAGCUGAUGUACAACUUGUUCCAAAGAGACGGGAGGCUCCGGAGGAGCGGCGGAGAGUAGCUGGAUCCCCGCUCCUGCCAGUCCUCGGGAUGCCUGGCGAGUCAGGGACACUGACCCGGACCCUGUUCCUGCUCCUCCUCGGCCCUGCCUGGGUAGAACCACAGGCCUGCACAUUCCCAUGCCAGUGUCCCUCCCAGCCUCCGCAGUGCCCUGCGGGUACCAGCCACGUGUGGGAUGCCUGUGGCUGCUGCAAGGUGUGUGCCCGGCAGCUGGGCGACCUCUGCUCCUUGCACAGGCCCUGUGACCAUCACAAGGGAUUCUACUGUGACUUCUCCAAAAUCCACAGAGGCAGUGGGAUAUGCUUAGCUCGUGAGGGUGCAACUUGUGACCUGCUGGGCAAGAUCUACCUCAACGGGGAGAGCUUCCAGCCCACGUGCAAGCUGCAGUGCAUCUGCAUGGACGGGGCCAUCGGCUGCAUCCCGCUCUGCUCCGACGACUUGCGCCUGCCGUCGGCAGAGUGCCCCAACCCCCGGAGGGUGAAGUUCCACAAUAAGUGCUGUGAGGAGUGGGUGUGUGAGGAGGGCAGCGAGGAGAACCACUUUAGAACAGCCAUGGCAGUUUUCAGGGAGGAUCCAGCUCACAAGCCAGAGCUGAACAACCUGCAGGAGAACUGCCUGGUGCAGACCACGGAGUGGAGCACAUGCUCCCGGAGCUGCGGGAUGGGCAUCUCUGCCCGCGUCACCAACGACAACCCCCAGUGUCGCCUGCAGAAGGAGACCCGGCUCUGCAUGGUCCGGCCCUGCAACUUCUCCAUGGAGAAAAUCAAGAAAGGGAAGAAGUGUGUGCGGACCCCAAAGCAGCGCCAGAGCUUCCACUUUGAGUUUUCGGGAUGCACCAGCACCCGCUCCUACCGGCCCCGGUUCUGCGGCAGCUGCUCGGACGGGCGCUGCUGCACCCCGUUCCUGACCAGCACCAAGGACGUGGAGUUCCGCUGCCCUGAGGGAGACUUCUUCCAGAGGAAGAUGAUGUUCAUCAAGAUGUGUUCCUGCCACUACGACUGCCCUCGAGACAAUGACAUCUUCCUGGCCACACACCAUCGUCGGAUGAUCGGAGACCACGUCAAGACUGAGCAGCAAUAGCCCUGUCUUGCCAGAUCUGCGGUGUGCAGGAGGGCUCUGCAGUGCUUUUGUGGCUGUGUCCCGGGUGCAGCCUC